UCACUCUCUACAUUACACAACUCUCAGCAGCCUCAUCAGAGCUUCAACAUUAGUUGUUGCUGAAAUCUAAAUUCUAGAGAUGAUAAAAUAAAACUGUGAGGUUUCUUUUCAUCAGCAGGGACUGGGCACCAUGUUAUAAUAGAUAAAAGGAUGGGGCCAAGUACAAUUUGAUUCAACUUUCCCUUCAAAGCUGUCCCUUCAAAGCUGUUAUUGCUGCAAUGUUAUUGCUGUCAAGGUGUGAAUACUGAUAUAAGGCAGUGUAUGCUGAUAUGUACAGCAGAGAGUGCCGGUACACGUGAGCUCACAAUCUCUUCUUUCUUUUCCUCUACCGUAAAGUGAAAUUCUGAGCGACGAAUCGAUUUCGGAGCGAUUUCGGAGUGAUUUUCUAAUCGACUUUUCAACUCGACAUUUAAACUUCGACUUUUCUAAUCGAGUUUUUCAAAGCGAUAUUCAGUGAAUUUUUCCACCUUUUUUUGACGUCUGUUAUAAAUAACAUCUUUCAUUGACGUCUGCUGGUAUCGCUUUUUUAUUCUCAACUGCUCUUUUAAGAGCACAAAUACCGGGGGCGUAAUGCCAUUCUGGGCCCCCCAGCGGAAGGUAAGGCAGCCGAUACCAUUUUAUUUUAAUUAAGGGUUUAAGUAUACAAUGUUAAGUAAAGUAUACAAUGUUAAGCCAUUCAGUAACACAGAGCAGGCCAUAUGCAGCUCUAUAAAGGGUCCAUAUUGGGGGCAGCUUAUUACAGAAUCAGACUGUAAACUUGAAAUCUGUACCCAGCUGUAUUAUAAGGGAAUUACAUGUCACUAGAAAUGAAUAAUAGUUUGGUUCUUAUCCAGGGGUUUAACUAUAGAGGAAGGAGACCCUGUGACUGAUGGCCCAGAGGUUUAGGGGGACAGUGGUUUCAGGGGGGCAGAGGUUUAGGGGGCAUGGUGGGGUAUUAAUCAAUAAAUGGGUUCAUGAAAAUGCCUGAGUGUGCCCUAAAAUGAUUGUGCUAUGAGGCUCAGUAACAUCUAAUUGCAUCACUGUCCUGUAUAGUUUACUGAGUAAUUACUUUGGGGAAAGGGUAUCUGUCACACUGGGAAGUACCAUUUAGUACUAUAUAAUGUCCCUUUACACUAAUGAUCUCUUUUUUUCCCUCAGCAACAAGCGGAAUGCGGGUCCCUCUCCGAGACUUAUAAGGUGAGUAGAAAAGAGGGUAAAAUACAUGACUCAGUAACUGUAGGGGCUGCCUGAGCAUGGAAUCUGGCAGUAGGUUUGGCGAUGCCCCCGCCCAGUUGUAAAAUUCUCCCACUUGGCAGUUGCCUCUCUAUUUCAAGUACCUUAUUGCCAAUCCUCCCCUCUUCCUCUGUCUGUCCCCCCAGGUAAGUGAUAACAUUUUUUUGUGACCCUGUGGCAUAUUAUGUUAUCAAUAAAAUUCCUCUUUUAUUCUAUUCUAUUUUCCAGCCUCCUGAUGGUCGGCUGACCAAGGACGUGCUUCUCGGAGUGGGUGGAACUGGAGACGUGUAUAAGGUAAGGGAAAAACCAAUCACUAAAUGGCAGAGGGAACUGGAAGCAACUUCAAAGUACUAGUGGCAUGUUGUGGUCCCCGAAUAGAAUAGACAGUAAACUCCGUUUGUUCCCAAAAUGAAUUUUGAUAUUUGCAGCUAAUAUUGAAUGUCAGUUAAACCUUUUCUAUCUGUGUUACAGGGUCGCCACCAUCGCAAAGGAGUGGUGGCUGUGAAGAUAGCCAACAUCAGCAGGGUAAUGUAUUUUUAUAGUUCCAUUCUCCACAUCAUUCCUAUUUGUGUGGUCGACUAUGUGAGCUAAAGAGUUUCCCCUUAUCCCACUCCAGGAUGAAGAGUCUGUUUCCCGGGAAGUUAAUUUUCUCCGGAAGUUCAGCGGCCACAAGAACGUCGCCGCUUUCCAUGGAGCCUAUUAUAGUGCUCCACUUAAUGAGUGCUCAUCGGAGCUGCUUGAGGUAAGAAAUUAUUUGCUGUAUCACGUUUAUCCCUCUUGUGCCAAAGGGAUCUCCAUUAAAGGUAAUAGAAGGCCUUAAAUAAUUUAUUUCUAUUUUUCUACUGCAGGUUGUCCUUGAAUACUGUGGGGGCGGCUCCAUAUAUGACAUGAUUAAUACCACCAAAGGCCAAUCCCUGAGAGAGACCUGGAUUGGAUAUGUAUGCAAAGAAGUGUUAAAGGCACUCAAGCACAUCCACAAGAACAGGGCCGUGCACCGAGACAUCAAGAGCCCGAACAUAAUGCUUACAGAGAAAGGGAAGGUGAAGCUGAUCGAUUUUGGACUCUGCUGGGACCUGGACCCACAGACUGGAAAGUGCUAUGAGAGUGAAGGCACUGCGCACUGGAUGGCACCCGAGGCCAUAAGGAGGAGAGGCAAACCAGUGGCGUAUGACACCAAAUGUGACAUCUGGUCGAUGGGGAUUACCGCCAUCGAAAUGGCCGAGGGAGAAACACCAUAUGCCAAUCAGUAUCCAGUGUCAGACCUCAUACUGAACAACGAUGCACCGGAGCUUCAAUCAAAGACCUGGUCACAGAAUUUUGUGUCCUUUUUGAAGUGUUGUCUAGAAAAGGAACCAUCAAAGAGGUGGAGUGCUGAAGAACUUCUGCAGCACCCGUUCUUAACUGAACUGCCCCCAAAGAAGACGAUUAGGGCUGAAAUAAAGAAACACCUUCAGGUGCCGCAGAACCAUCUGACCAAGAAAAGAUUGAAGGGAGUAGCUGUCUGGACCAUGAAGAAGCUGCAGAGUGCUUGUUCCUUCUGCACUCACCAGACAUUGCCAGAACAAAGCGUGGCUGAGCAAAUGGCACUGGAGGGCUUUCCCUCUUACUGAUCUUGUGGCGAAUAACAUCAAUGCUCAAGAUGAUUCUCCUGAAUAACAUCCAAGGAGAAAAAUCCACAGGGAAAGCACCAGUGCCAAUGACAGCUCCACCAGAACCAUCUGAACCACCCGUGUCUUGAACAUCCACUGACAGUGUCUUCACCUUCAUCCAGAGCUCCAUACUUACUGCAUCCUUUUCAGACCACCAUAUUUUCACCAGUGGUGUCUUGAGAUCCUGCAACUCCACCAAUAGUCUCACUUAAAGGACCACAUCACCACCAGUGGUACCUUACUUUCCAUCUAAUGGCUCCAUCAGCCUUUUCUCUCCCUUCUAGUGCACCUUUACCACCAGACUGUCAAUCUUUUUACAGGUCCACUUGCCACACAAGGCACUUUUUCAAGAACCACAGCUCCACUUGUGAUGCCAAAGUUUCCAUCUACAAUAGUUCCAAUAACAGCCUCUUCUCCUUAUUCUUCUGCACGUCUACCAGCACAUUCUACCAUCUGCUGCACCUUCAACAUCUGCAGCUCAUCAUUAUGCUCAUUAUUAUGCAGCAUCAGCAUUAUUCUGGUGUGUUCUCUUCAUAUUACUGAAGACUAUCACAUUUCCACCAGAGGUGUCUUUAGAUCAUGCGACUCCACCAGCAUUCAUACUUUCUGUAAGACUCCACUGUGUCCUCCAGCAUCAUGUCUGCCUGUGCGCAGAUGUGGGGGUGCACAUUCUUUCGCGCAUCCUUGGCACUUGCUGCCAUCUAUGUGCACUUCCAUGCACCAUAUCUGACUCUACAUCGUGUGUGCAUGUUUAAGCCUUUCCUUGAAGAAAGUAUAUUGAGCUUGGUUAUAUUUCCUCGCUCUUGUGUGAUCUUGUGUUUGCUGCUUCUGACUUCUGGAUUAUGACUCAGCCUGAUUCCUGGAUUUUCUAUUGCUUCAAAUCCACCUGCCUCUUGACCGCUGCCUGUCCCCGACCUUGAAUUAACUCAGCCUGCCUCUGUUUUUUGGCCUGUCCCUGAUUAUGCUUCAACUCUGCCUGCCUCUUGACCUUUGCCUGUCCCCGAACAUGAAUGAACGCAGCCUACCUCCGUCUUUCGGCCUGUCCCUGAUUAUGCUUGAACUCUGCCUAAACCUCAGCUUGACUUCCGGAAAUGUCUUUCUUCCUUGCUUUCCACUACCAUCUGUAUUUACACUAUCACAGCUCCAACAGUGGUGUCCACAUUUGUCACAGCUCCACCAGUUAGAUUUUGCCUUUAUGGUCCACAGCUCCAGCAGUUGUGCCUUAUUUUGUAACAACCAUUCUUCUUAUCAUGCAUCUUUGGAUCCACAACCAGACUCUCUUUCUUAUUCUGCUGCAACUCUACCACCAUGCUAAUAUACUUCCAGCAUUUGCAUCUCCAUUAGAAUUACAUAUUAAACCUGCCAUAGUUAAAACACACUCACAUACCCCUCCACUUCCUCCUACUGAAAUCAUAUGUCUUACAGUCCUGUAUAUAAUAUCUACAGCGGUGCAUCCUCAGCAAAUGGUCUUUCUCUAUACAAACCAAUCCAUCUGCACCACCAGCCAUCUUUCUUCUUCUUAUUUUCCACUUCAACAAUAUUUCAUCGUAACUUUACGUUGUCUUCAAACCACCUCACAGAGCCAACCACUAAAACGAAGGCCCCUUAAAAUAGUAGUUUCUUACACUUCCCAUUGCUUCACCAGUGGUGCUUUUUUACUUCAUUUAUUUAACUCCAACUCACAUUUUCAAAUCCCUGUAUGCACUCUUAUUUUUUUCUAUUUUUCAUAUCAUCAUACACACACACCCCUCCACAUACUGCACCCUCUCUAGUUCAUAUUUUAAUUCAUAGCCCCCAUCUGUACCUCAAGUGGUGUGGCUUCACUAUAUUGUCUUCUACUCCAACAAUUCCUUCAAACUGACAUUUUGUUUUCAAGCAGCAUCAUCACAUCACCAUAGCAGAAGAUCCUCUUCAGAUCCCCCUCCACAAUCCCUUAGGGCAGAGACACACGUUAAGAUUCGGGGAGAUUAGUCGCCCGGCAACAAAUCGC